AUGGCUGCGCGCGCUUGCGUGCUUCUCUGCCUGGUGUGCGCUUGCGCAGCCCGCGAGUGUAUAGAACUUACUAUGAAAAACAGCUUGUUGUCUGAAAGUAUAUUCAAUGGAACCAUAUUUAAAGUAAAGAACAAUUCAUAUGUCGAUAGUGCGAAAGUAAAUAUUCUGGAACUAUGGGACAGGUUCCCGAAAAUAAUGGUACCCAUGAAUGGCACGAGUCAGCAGUGUCGUCGGGACAGCAGAUUGUUUCUGGACAGUCUGAAUAGACUGGAGCUAUGGGCACUCAAAAUGUACGAUGCUACAGCUAAACCUCCGUCGGGUAUUCUGAGUGGCAACGCCAACCAGUACGGCGACUUCGACGAGUGCUUGGCCAUCGAUGGCGCAGUCCGCGGCAAGUACUGCCUCGCGUCGCUGCAAUUCAACGUCGGUGGCGAAAAAGGAUAUGACCACUUGGACUAUUUAAUACACAGUGGACAUUAUAUAAGAAGUAAUGUGACAGAUAUGGGUCACAGAGUGCCUCGAUUUUCAAGUAUUCUAUGGGGAGUCUGCAUUCCAAGUUCUUGCAGCAGCUUUGACCUGGAAGAUGAACUGUCUCUCAAGAUGUCGGACCUCGGUAUAUCAGUCAAAGUUCAAAACAUAAUGUGUACAGUGAAGAAUGUGACGCGGCCAUAUUCGCUUGGAAAAUCGCUUGCCAUAACAUUUUUCUUGGCAGUAAUACUUCUGCUCAGUUUGGGAACAUUGUUUGACGAUGGGAGAGAUGGCGAGACGAAUUUUGAGAAGUUACUGAAUGCUUUUUCCUUAAAACGCAAUUUUAGACGUCUUUUCGACUUAUCCGACUCACAGUCCAGUGUGAAAGGUAUUGAUGUGUUUAGAGGAACCAAUGCAUUCGCGUUAUUCAUCGCGCACAAAUCUGUCGCAAUGGCGCACAGUCCAUACACGAACAAGACAAGCUAUUCUGAGACAUUUAGUAUGCCCUGGGCCGUAAUCGGGCGAUCAUCGAUAGUAUAUACAGACAGCUUUUUAUACCUCAGUGGGUUUUUAAACGCUCACAAUCUUCUCCAGGACUUAGAGAAGACCGGUACUAUUAACAUGAAGGACAGACUGCUGGCCAGAUGGUUUAGACUAUUUCCAAUGUUCCUGAGUCUGAUGUUAUUCUGCACGUACAUUCUGCCGAGCAUCAACAACGGCCCGCAGUGGAACCUCGUGGUGGAAGAGCACAGUAGGGUGUGUCAGAACAAUAUGUGGAAAAGCUUCUUGUUCAUACAUAACUACUUUGGAUUUGAGGAAAUGUGUCUAACCCAUACGCAUCAAAUCGGUAUAGACAUGCAGCUGUACGCGGCAACUUUGCCUUUAAUGCUGAUACUAUGGAAGUUUAGGAAAGUAGGUUUUAUGCUCAUAGUGGGCAUAGCCGUCGCGUCGACAGUAUUGAGAUACCUCGCUACACAUUGGUACGAUAUCAGCAUGUUCGUGUACUAUGGCAUUUCAGUUAGAAAGUUACUGGACGCAGCUCGAUAUUCCUACAUUCUGCCCACUCACCGAGCUACUAUAUACCUAAUAGGCGUUAUGAUGGCGUAUCUAAUUAAGUCUAAGAAAUCUCACAUAAAUCUCAGUCGUACACAAGCAGGAUUAGUGUGGGUUCUGUGCUUAGCGCUGGGCGUUUACACCAUAGUAAGCCCCUACAAGAUGGGGCUGGAGGGGUACAAGUAUGAACACUACCCCGCGGCCAUGUUCGCAGCAAUCACGCCGAUAUUAUGGGGCAUGUUCAUGUGCAUGGCGCAUUGGUGCAUUUGUCAUGAUUAUGCAGGUGUAGGAACAGCAUUCGUCGAGUCACGAGUGUUCAAGUUCUUCAAUAAAAUCGCAUACAGUGUUUACUUAACCCAGUUUCCUAUAUUCUUCUACAAUGUCGGAGUCCAGAGACAUUCUGAACACUACACGCCACUGCUGCUUUUCCAUGUUCCGGAAAUUGCGGUUGUGUUGGUGGUAUCGAUUUUAACUACAGUGGCAAUAGAGAUGCCUUUCAACCAGCUGUAUAGGAUAUAUUUUGGAAAGUCACAGACAAAAUUAAAGGACAAA